UCAAUAUCUCAUUAAAACUGCAGAUUAUAUAGGUACAAAUUAGAACACAUAUCCAUAUCACAGACGAGCCUCUUUCUUAGCUACUUUAGGCUCUCUCUCUCUCCCUGGAUGAUUCAUUAAUGGAAGCAUUAAUAUCCCAACACCUUUUUUCCUUCCUAAUUCCCCCACUUUAGUGAACCAUGCAUCAUCAGUUUCCUCCUGCCAACAAGUACAUUUACCAUUUUGACAAAAAAAUCAAACCAAAAAAAACCAAGCAAAUGGUUGGGCAAUGGCCCCGGCCGGGCAACAGAGAGAGACCACACCACACCACACACCUGCCAUGGCCAUGCACCUCCCACGUGUGUGAAUUCAAUGCCGUCACGUGCCUGGUCUGGUGGUACCGGAGACGACGCCACUAUUCCAGAUCUCCAUGAAGGCUCGGACGAUCAUUUCAUGGUGAGUCGGCGCGUUGAGCUGGAGGAAGCAGUUGAGGAGCGCUUGGAGGUCGUCCUUCGAGCGGAUGUCUCUCUCCAGGAUCAUCUGGAGCAUGGACUGCCGGAAAUCGAGAUAGGGAUCGUUGGAGUCCUUGACGACGGCGACGCUGUUGGAGAUUUUGGGAUUGGGGUUCGGGGAGCAAUGCGGGGAGGUGAAGUCGACGUCAACGUUGAAUGUGGUGGUAGAAAUGGAGGUGUGGUCUUCGUCUUCGCCGGUUUUUUCCCAGGAACUUGGUGAGGAGUGGUGGAAAUUGUUACUGGGGUUUUGGUGUUUGGUGGACUUUGGCUCUGGCUCGAACACGUCUCUCUGCUUUAGCUUGCCGCAUCCACACCCGCCAUUGGCAGUGAAGAUGGUCCUGAGAAACUUUCUCUUGUUGGAAGACAUAGCAGAAAGA